UCCUAGCUCAGCUGUCCCAGCACCUUCAUACAUCUUCUCUCUACGUCAGCGACGCUGUCAUGAGAUUUCUGGUACUAGUGUUGCUGGGCAUUGCUGGGAUUGUUGCUGGGUAUCCCCAGCACGUUGCUAGGAGGGAUACCCCAGGAUACCUGGCGUUUGGUGAGAGUGAUGAGGACUGGUCCAGGGAUGAAGAUGACCGUGAACAUGACAGUCUGCAGUCCCUGGAGGAUCAUAGCUUUGAAGAUGAUGGUGACCGUCACUUUCACCUGAGUCACUUUCAAGGUGGCUCCUCUCCUGAAGAUGAUGAUGGUGAUGGUCACUUUCACCUGAGUCACUUUCAAGGUGGCUACUUUCCUGAAGGUGUAGGUGAAGGUGUCAUGUUCCAGCAGGAUUUCGGCGGACUUGAAGAUGACGAAGAUGACGAUGGGGGGAAGAAUGGUGAUAAUGGGGAGGAAAAUGGGGAUAAUGGGGAGGAAAAUGGGGAUAAUGGGAAAAAUGGGGAUAAUGGGAAAAAUGGGGAUAAUGGGAAAAAUGGGGAUAAUGGGAAAAAUGGGGAUAAUGGGAAAAAUGGGGAUAAUGGGAAAAAUGGGAUAAUGGGAAAAAAAUGGGGAUAA